GCAAAAGCCACGAGGCGCAGCUGCGGGUCUUUUUCCGCGAGAAACGCUCUUUUGGUCGAGUGACUGUUUCAAGACACGUGGAAACACUGAAAAACCAUGGAUAAACCCGUCGUUUUGGCACGUGUAAUCAAAGUCUUGGGCCGUACUGGAUCCCAGGGACAAUGUACACAAGUAAAAGUCGAGUUUUUGGGUGAACAGAACCGACAAAUCAUCAGGAACGUUAAAGGCCCCGUUCGAGAAGGCGACCUUCUAACCCUCCUAGAGUCUGAACGUGAAGCUAGGAGACUUCGAUGAGGCGUUUUUUACCUUCUAAGAAACACAAAACUUCCAUUCCGAAAAAAAUUUUGUUACCAGGAUAUUUUUUUGGAAUGGUGGGAAGGCGGUUGUCUGCUUUGAAAAUUCUAGAAUCGAAACAUGCUGAAUAUCUUCGAUGCUCCACAUUUCUAACAUAAUCUACUUCAUCUUGUGAUGCAUUUCAAUGGAUGUAAAGAAUAAACAUUGCUAGUAAACUGCCAA